ACCUAAUAAUGGCAGUGAUCAAGGGUAAAAAUCAUCACAAAGAAUCCUGUGCAGUAUAUAAGCGACAGAAGACAGCUUAAUGACAUCAGUCAGCAGCAUCCUGUCCAUUAGCUUCGUGACAACCACCACCACCACCACUGCCACCAUGAAAGCUGCUGUGAUGUUGGCGCUUAUCGCUGUGGUGACGGCAGAGAAGCUGUACAAGCCGCCAUCCGAAGACAAGCCUCACAUUGCCAUCAUUAAGGACGAGCGAGUGCAGCCUGACGCAGAGGGAUACUAUGUCUUCGAUGUGGAGACCGAGGACGGUAUUCAGCGGCACGAGUCUGGCGGUGAGGGCGGCAGACAGCAGGGGUCUUACAGCUACACCGCCUCUGACGGCACACCAGUCUUUGUAAAGUUUGUCGCCGACGACCAAGGCUACCAUCCUGAAUCUGAUCUGCUACCAGUGGCACCCGAAUUCCCCCAUCCCAUUCCCGACUUCGUGCUGGACCAGAUCGCCUUCGCUGCCAAGGAGGACGCCGCCAAGGCCCGCAGUGAGGAGAGGCCCAGCCAGAGCUAUAGUGCGCCGUAAUGAUAUUUAUUCACAAGGUUACCCCCUCGCGUUACUGGGAUUGCAUGCUCUCUCUCUUAUGUCUCAAUGACUCCCAUCUUGCUGCCAAAUCGUCUGACUGACCUGUGAUGACCGUGUGUGUGUGUGUGUGUGUGUGUGUGUGUGUGUGUGUGUGUGUGUGUGUGUGUGUGUGUGUGUGAGCGGGCUGUAUAUUCUGUAAUUACUUAUUUGAUAUAUUUAAUGCAUCCAUGACUUGUAUAGGAAUAAACAGCAUGAUCAAGA